AUGAAUGACAGCGAUACGCCGCAACAACAAGACGAAAGCCCUGAUUUACCCGACGAAGAUUUGCUUCAAGAACUGGAACAACAGUUCAGUGAAGACAAAAGUCUAGGGUCCGCAGUGGGAAAAAAACUAGCAACUAUAGCUAUUAAUCGCUGGACUGAAAAAUUAAGUCCUGACAAAAUCAAGGAAAUAAACGAGAAAUACAAACAACCGCUAAACUGUGAAGCUAUGCGAGUUAGCCGCAUUAAUCCAGAAAUACGGUCUCAAAUCAGCCAACACAAAAAUAAAACAGAUCUUAGACUGUCUAAAACGCAACAAAAUGUCCAAAAAGCGGUUUUUGCCACGCUUCAAAUGGCGGAAACUUUAAGCGCCAAAAAGCAACAUUCGGCAUUGACCGAGAACAAGAAAGGCAAUGACCGUGAGGCAUUACUUCGCAUCGCAGUGAACCUCAUUGCAAUGUUGGAGCAUAUGAAUGCUGAUGUAAUGUCCAUGCGACAGGAGUCGAUUAAACCAGCGUUGAAACCAGAAUUUCAAAAAAUUUGCCAUGCAACUGUUCCACCAAACUCAAAAUUCUUUUUUGGCGAUGACUUGGCGAAACUGGUUCGCGACUCAAAGGAAAUAAACAGCAUUGCAAGCACACUGACGCUGCCAAGAACAGCUCGCAAUACUAGCACAGCAAACACGAGUAGACGCAAUACUCACACCUACAGCCGUGAGGAUAUUAAUAACUCAUACACGGGUGACAACCGUGGUAGAAAUACAUCUACGAGGCCUUUUUUAUGGAGAGGGCAAAAACCAUAUCGCAGGCGACCCGGCACGAGAGGCAACGGGUCCCAGAACCAGCAAAGAAGUGAGUUUAAGGCCCUGUCGCACUAUUGCGUAUGAGAGAAACGUAUGAAAAGCGUAUGAAAAUCAGUGAAAUAAUUUUCAUACGCACAAAAAUCCUUUGAAAUGCCAGUGUAUGAGUGCCGUACAUCUGGCGUACCUCUAGCGUGUUCAGCGUGUGCCUGGAGUAUGCUUAUCGUAUAAAGCAUACGUCCAAUACGCACAAAAUUUUUGAACAUGCUUAAAAAAAUUUUCUGCCUCGCCGUAUGCCAGCGUAUGCCACCGUAUGCGACCGUGCUUGAAACGUAUACAACCUAUACCUAACGUACCCCUAGCAUAUGUCAGCGUAUACCGGCGUAUGAGUGAUAUUUUUCAUACGCUGGCAUACGCCAGUACGGUACGCAAUAGUGUGACAGGGCCUUUAGCUGAGAAAAUACAAACACUUAAAGAAAACGUAAGUUGCAGUUAUUUCGAUUUUUCCUUUUUGAUCCAAUAUCUUGAACAAAAAUGUAUAGAUUUCAAAGCAGGCAGGACUGCUCAGAGGUUUCCAGCUUGGAAAAAUCUGACCUCAGACAAAACAAUACUUGACUCUAUCAGAGGUAUUACAAUACCCCUCGAUGAACUACCACACCAAGGUACAGUAGGGUUAAUCUGAACCCAAAAUUUAGUUACAUCGAGACACUAGCUAUAAAUACUGAAAUCGAGAGACUACUUGCUAGGGAAGUAAAUGAAAUAGCGUCACAUGAACAGGGGAGAUAAUCUCUCCUAUUUUUGUCAGACAGAAAAAAGAUGGACAAUUCAGACUCAUUCUGAAUCUGAAAGAGUUCGACAAGUCUGUGACUUAUACCCAUUUUAAAAUGGACACACUACAAACAAUUACAAAUCUUAUGACAAAAAUUGCUUUAUGGCCUCAGUUGACCUAAAAGAUGCAUACUAUACAAUCCCAGUGCACAAAGGUCAUAGGAAAUAUCUAAAAUUUUGUGGAAUCAGAACCUUUAGCAAUUUACCAGCAUGCCAAAUGGACUGUCUUGUUGUCCAAGGUUGUUUACCAAAAUCUUGAAACCUCCCCUCACAGCCCUUCACAAGAAAGGGCAUAUUUCAAGCAAUUAUAUAGAUGACCUAUACCUACAAGGUCAAACAUUUCACAAAUACAAAGAUAAUGUGCUUGAUACUGUAGAACAAUUUGACUCCCUAGGGUUUAUAAGUCACCCCAGCAAGUCAGCUUUUGAACCUAGUCAAAUACUGAUCAUCGUAGGGUUUCGAUUAGACUCAGUCAAGAUGACAAUUUCUCUGGCUGAAGAAAAGGCCACUGCCAUUGCAGAACACUGCAAAGCACUUGUGGAUUUAGACAUGGUCAAAAUACUUGCAGUGGCGUAA